AUCCAAUAACGAUUCUAUAUGCCGAUUUGCAGGCCCCUUGGAUUUGAUUCAAUUGGAUUUUUAAUCUAAAAUACUUCCAAACUUCUGAUCCAAAAACAAAGCCCCAAUAUUAUGGGCUAACAAAUUUGAACGAUGAAGCCCAAAGCCCAAAGCCCAAAGCCCACUUAAACACCCAUCCAGAUCAGUCUAUUUCCCUUUCCCCACACUGUGGGCCCCACCAUCCCGCAUCUCCUUGUCGGAAAACUAAAAUCAAAAGCCUCACUCAUCUUUUACUUUUUUUAACCCCCAAAUCCGCCUCAUCUCCGCCACAAAAACACACAGUAAAAAACCAUCCAAAAUCCCAAUCUCCGCCGGCAAAAUGUCGGCCACCAGCAUCCACAUCUCGGCCCUGGACGGCAUCGUGAACGUCAACUCCCUCUUCACCCUCGCGGUCUUCAUCGGGCUGGCCUGGAACCCGACCGACCCGAGCAACAGCCUCAUCGACCCGGCAGCGGGCUGCUACGCCAGCCCGAAGAUCGCCGAGGAUCUGGUGGCCUUCCACGUCUACUCCUUCAGCUGCUUCCUCUUCUCCAGCCUCGUCGCGCUCGGCCUCAAGCAGGCCACCCGCCUCGUCCGCCCCGGGCCCCACCACCGCCACAACGACGAGCACCGCCAUUUCUGGGACUUCGAUCUCGCCCGGGUCAACAAGACCGCGCUCCGGGUCGGGUACGUCGUCUCCGCUGUCGGGUCGGUCGCCGGGUCGGUCUUCCUGAUGCUGGCGCUGGUCAACGUGGUGCAGAUCAAGCUCGGGGUCCUCGGAUGCGGCGACGGCGGCGGCGGACACGCCUACGCCGCGGUGGUGCCGCUCGUGACGUUCGUGCCGGCGGGUCUGCUGAUCUAUGUCUGUUUCGUGUUCUAUGCUUUUACCCGUUGAGAUUUUUAAUUUGUCGUUUUUUUGGUAAUGGAAUAAUUUAUUAUUUUAAUUUUUAAUAAUUGUGA